UACAAAACCAGGGACUCUAUCUAAAGAUGGGUUUGAGGGAUUACAAUGUAGAAGACAAAAAUCUAUACCUUCAAACCCCUACUUUCAUCGAAUGGCUCAAACCAUCUUCCUCUCUAACUAGUUCACUAUCAUCAUCUCCUUCUUCUUCCUUAACUCAGCAUGAAACUAUCCAGUUUUUUCCCAUUUUAAAUGGAUUCACCCCUGGAAAGCCCUCUGAGGAAGACCAUGAAGUGCAAAAGGAAGGUUUUGAAGUAAAAGAAGAAAAGGUGGAAAAGGUGACUGUGGCUUUGCACAUUGGAUUGCCUAACACUACAGAAAGUCCUGAAACUGAUGAUGAUCAGAAGAAUGUUUUACAUGUUAAGGAAGAAGAAGAAGAACCCUUGAAGAAAACCUUCCAUGGCUGUUCUUUUAACAAGGAGCGAAGGUUUUGGAUACCAACUCCUGCACAGAUCCUUGUUGGACCGAUGCAGUUUGCUUGCUCCAUAUGCAGCAAGACCUUCAAUAGAUAUAACAAUAUGCAGAUGCAUAUGUGGGGACAUGGGUCCGAAUUUAGAAAAGGACCAGACUCACUUAGAGGAACACAACCAGCUGCAAUGCUAAGGCUACCAUGUUAUUGUUGUGCACAGGGUUGCAAGAACAACAUCAAUCAUCCAAGAGGAAAGCCCUUGAAGGACUUCAGAACGCUACAAACCCACUACAAAAGAAAGCAUGGGGCAAAACCAUUUAUGUGCAGAAAAUGUGGGAAAGCAUUUGCAGUUAAAGGGGAUUGGAGGACUCAUGAGAAGAACUGUGGUAAGUUGUGGUAUUGCACUUGUGGUUCAGAUUUUAAGCACAAAAGAUCUCUUAAAGAUCAUAUUAGAUCCUUUGGAAAAGGUCACUCCCCACAUCCUUCUAUUGAAGCCUUCGAGGAUGAGAAAGAAUCCAUUACCGGGUCUGAUGAAGAUGAAGUUGCUCAUACAUAAUCAUGAUCUAACAUGUUUGUUGCUUUCCUUUACUAUAAAGUAGUAGUAACCGUAGCAAAGCUUGGUCACUGCGCUUGUGCUCAGUAACAAAAAAUUCUCAACAAUUGCUGAGGCAUUAAAAUAGAGAGCGGUUUGCUACCGAGCACUUGCAGGGUGGUGAUAAGCUAGCAGGGAAAGAGAUAUAGACGAGUUUGCUUUGUGGUUAAUUAAUAAGAUGGUUUGUACCAAAUAAAAAAUAAAAAAUAAGAUGGUUUAAGUGAUGAAGCAUGUGAAUUUUCUUCUCAUAGCAACAGAAGAGAAAAUUUAUCCGCUUCGUUACUAAACGCUAGUCCUCAUUAAUUUGAGGACUUCAGUACAGUUGUUUUAAAAUCUUUUUAACACUUAAAUGUUUAUUGAAUGUU